CCGGUUUAAUGGGUGCCGAAGUCGCUGGUUGGUGGUGAAGUGUGGAAGUGGGAAGUGGUAUAUUCUCUCUCCUUUACAUCUAUGUACUAGGUAUUUUGUGUUUUGAUUUGCUUAUUUCUCAUCUCGCUGGAUUGCCAUUUGGUACUCGAGUACUGCUACUUGUACACUUUAUUAAGGUUUUACGGGAUACUUUGAGGAUAUACGGAUUUGAUCUCUGUAUUCUAUUGUUUGAUUGGUUCGAUUGGUCAGUUGGAGUAGGAAAUCCUAAAGGUUCUCCAGGUUGAGUGAAAAUGACAAAGACGUUCAAGGGUUCAGAGGGUAUGGUAUUUUUGCUACAUCUCAUCUUAUCCCAUCUCUGCCUCCUCUAUAUCUCUUACCAAUGCUUGAUUUGCACAUCCUCAAGCUUCAAUUGACCGCUCUCAUUUCACUCAUUCUCACCAUCUAUUCAAAUAACUAAUUCAUACGACUCACAGUCGCAUCCCACAAUACUCCCGAGUCCUGUUGGGUAUGCAUCAAUUCAACUAUCUACGAUGUAACGGAAUUCCUUCCCAACCAUCCCGGCGGAUCCAAGAUUGUUUUAAGUCUUGCUGGUAACAUAGAUGCUACCGAGGAAUUCGAAAUGAUUCAUCCGCCUGGAACAUUAGAAGAGAAUCUCGAUGCCUCCAAAAUUAUCGGCAAGAUUGACGCUUCAGAAUUAAGAGAACCGGUUGAAGAGAAGAAACAGAGCUCUCCUGUCCAAGAUGCGGGUCAGAAAAACGAGGACGAAGAUACGAUUGAUACAAAUACCGAUGUAAAGACCCUAUUGAAUCUAGACGAGAUUGAACAGUUGGCCACGAAGAAAAUGUCGAAUAAAUGCUGGGCUUAUUAUUACUCAGCGGCUGAUGAUCUCUGGUCGAAAAGUUUCAAUAAUGCGGUGUACCGACAGAUUCUCCUUCGACCGCGAGUCUUUGUCGAUUGCACGAAAUGUGAUUCUUCAACCACGAUCUUGGGACAAGAAGUCGGGUUACCCAUUUUUGUAUCCCCGGCGGCAAUGGCUAGAUUGGCGCAUCCGGCUGGUGAACAGGGGAUUGCAAAGGGAAUCUCGAGCCUUGGUGCUGUGCAGAUUGUCUCCAAUAAUGCGAGUAUGACUCCGGAACAAAUUGUAGAGGGUUCACUUCCAGGGCAGAUUUUUGGAUGGCAGUUGUAUGUGCAGAAUGAGAGAAAGAAAAGUGAGGCUAUGUUGCAGAGAAUUAAUGCGAUGAGUGAUAAGUAUAAGUUUAUCGUUUUGACGUUAGAUGCGCCAGUGCCAGGCAAGAGAGAACAUGAUGAGAGACAGAAGGAUGUAGGAGCCAAUUUACCCGUUUCAUCAUCAGUAAAGGCAAAGGAGAAAUUGGAAGAUAAUAGCCCCCCAGCUGGUAAAGGGGGAGUGGGAAAACAAUUGUUCAUGGGAACAGCUGCUGAUUUGACCUGGAAAAAUACAUUGCCGUGGUUGGCUCAACAUACUAAAUUACCAAUUGUGUUGAAGGGUAUUCAAACUCAUGAAGAUGCAUAUCUGGCAUCUCAAUAUGCACCGCAAGUUAAAGGCAUCAUUCUUUCCAAUCAUGGUGGAAGAGCUUUAGAUACAGCUCCACCGGCUAUCCACACCCUCAUGGAGAUUCAGAAAUACUGUCCGGAAGUUCUUAGUAGGAUAGAAGUUUGGGUUGACGGGGGUAUCAAACGUGGUACAGAUGUGGUGAAAGCUCUAUGUCUUGGAGCUAAAGCUGUUGGAGUCGGCAGAGCUGCAUUAUUUGGUCUCGGAGCUGGUGGUCCAGAGGGUGUAGAGAGAACUUUUGAAAGUAAGUCUCAUCUGUUUUUUUUUUGGUAAAUUUUAUGCAGUACUCCUACUCCUUUUAUCUCAAAGAAUGACUAGAAAAAUAAUAACAAUAACAAUCGGAAAAUUUACUAACAUAUCCAUCCACUAGUCCUCAAAGCCGAAAUGGAAACCUGUAUGAGACUUCUAGGCGUAGAGAAGAUCAGUGAAUUGGGUCCCAAACAUAUUAAUGCCAGAGCGGUAGAAAGAGAUUUAUAUGAUGGACAUGCUGGAUUGGAAAAAUUGGGAUUGUGGGUGAAGGCGAAUUUGUAAAUUAGGAGGAGGGAAUGUGAGUAUUAGGUUGAUGGGUAGGAUGUAUGUAUGUAUGUAUGGUAAUGUGUACUUGAAUAGAUAAGUUAAUAGAUUAUAUUUAUCUUCUACGAGUAAUAGGUAUUGUGAUUCAGUAGUGUAUCAUUAAGUUUAUUAGUACUUAGUACUUGGAUUGUAAUUAUGUGUGUUUUUU